GAGAGAGAGUUUGUUCAGGCAUGUAAACACUGUGUGUUUGAACACCGCUGGUCCGAGUGAAAGUGUGUGUGUGUGUGUGUGUGUGUGUGUGUGAGUUGAGGUCAUCAUGGUUUUCCUCAGGAGGACGUUGCUGUCUCGCUUCAUGCUGCUGUCGGCCAUGUUGGUUCUGCUCCUCUUCGUCAGCUCAUUCUGGCUACCUCAGGGCGGAGUCAGAGACUGCGGCAGCGCCUGGCAGCCUUGUUUGAGUUUUUUCUCCCAAAAGCCCGAGACUCCAUUGGUUCCUGGAGAGUGGGUGGAUCUGGAUCAAGCCCCGCCCCUCUUAAAGGACUGCCCCGGUCAGUCGUUCCAGGCCCGACUCCUCCUGCAGUAUUUAAAGUCCAGCAUGGAGGACGGGGACGACGUCCUGCUGGAGCCGUACCUCAGGAGCUGGGAUCAGCUGCUCAACUUCAUGGAGUCUCUCGGGACGAUGGUCGGCUUCUUCUCUCAGAAGGUGAAGGAAAAGGUUGUGCUGAUCCGAGCACUCUCCCUCAAACUUAGCGCAGAGGAUCAUGGGAAACGUAGUCCGCCUGACCCCUCUGGACUACAGACGCCCGCCGGUUCUUCUGGACUCAAACACGGGGCGUAUCACUCUGUGCGAUCCAUGGUGGAGGCGGAGCUAAAAGGGGGCGUGGUUAACUUCUCCCGCCGCACAGACUCGGGCUGCAGGACGCUGCUGCGGCUGCACCGCUCUCUGCUGUGGUUGAAACUCAUGUUGGAGGGUCUGGCUGAAGGACCGGACGUAGACGGGCGCUACAAGACACCCGGGGAGCUGAGCAGGGACGCCUACAGGGUGGCGUUGGCCCCGCACCACCCCUGGAUGCUCCGUCAGGCCGCGGAGUUCGUCUUCCUCGCCCUCCCGGACAGACGCCACUUCCUCCAGCUUGUGUGCGUGCAGAGCCAGCGAGACGCAGCGCCUGUCCUACGCAUCAUCAUCCACGCCCUAAAGCUGGUGCACACGCAGACACAGAGAAUCCUCUCUGAGCACAAAAUGCUCGAGCUGCCUUGAACGCAGCACGCCGACAUCAGCGCCGAGCCGGAGAUACACUUACUGUUAACGAGGCGCAGUGUGGUUUUAAACCAGCAGGGGGCAGCGUGGAGGCGGAGCUACGAGACACGGGACACGGUUUAAGACAAGCUGACACGUUAGACGCCUUAGACACGAAGUAUCGUCGCCUCCUCUUCACAUCCUCACAUCACAAACCACGCGGCGAGUAUCUUCACAGUCACGCUCGCGGCGCCGCCGGAAGAAGAGAGCGCCGUCAGGAGAAGAAGAACGACGGACACGUUAAAAAACACCGAGUCAGGAGUCAGGAGAGAAGUUCUUCAUCACAGACGUUUAUUCAGAGUUUACAUGAACACAAACAAGCAGGCGGACAGGAAGUGCUUCUGCAGGACACACUGAACUUAUCAGGACCACCGGCCCUUUAAGGCACUCUGCUGCAUUCAGGACCCUGUGGGGAUUUUGAAGUUUUCUUGCAUCACAUACAAGAAAAAGAAAGAAAGAAAGAAAGCCUGUGAAUCUAUUUUAAGACAUCGGUUUAAGGUAACAUGAAUAUUCCUACAGUCUUUGAAUGCAGCAUUAAAGGAACAGUACAAAAGUUAUUUAUCAAACUGAAACGUGAUUUUAAUUUCACACAACAAACAUUUCUUCUCUUUAAAUAAAAAUAUGUUUUAACGUC